AUGGUCAUCUUCACAGAUGCAGAAAAACUACACACCCUGAAGGUGACCGGCCGGGAGACGGUCGCCCAGAUCAAGACUCAGGUAGCCGCGCCUGAAGGCAUUGCCUGGGAAGAUCAAGAUGUACUCCUGGCAGGCACGCCCCUGGAGGAUGAGGUCACUCUGGGCCAGAGUGGGGUGGAGGCUCUGGCCACUCUGGAGCUUGCCGACCGCAUGCUUGGAGGUAAAGUCCGUGGUUCCCUUGCCCGUGCUGGGAAAGUGAGAGGUCAGACUCCUAAGAUGGCCAAACAAGAGAAGGAGAAAGAAACAAGCAGAGUCGAGUGGAGGAUGCAGUACAACCAACAUUUUGUCGAUUUUGUGCCCACCUUUGGCAAGAAGGGCCCCAGUGCCAACUCCUAA